AUGUUAUUUAGGAAAACAGAUAGAUUUACAGACUGCUGUUUCGUGGAAAAUCUCAAACCCGGCGCAACAUGCGAAGCUCCGGCCGAUAAAAUUGCCAAUUGUGAAAGAAUGAUUAAAUUUGCCGAGCUCAGAUAUCUCAUGUGGUUCUUGGUUGUACUUACGGUCGGUGGCAAUGUGUUUGCUCUGCUUAUGAGGCUGGUGAAGGACGAUACCAACAGAGUUCAAAACAUGUUUAUUUGCAGUCUUAGUUUCAGUGAUAUGCUCAUGGGUGUCUAUUUGGCAGGAAUCAUAAACCAGGAGAUUACAACGCGUGGUGAAUACUACAAGCAUGAUUUCUAUUGGCGCACUGGUAGUUUGUGCAAAGUAUUUGGUAUAAUAUCCGUCAUAUCAAGCGAAGUCUCCGUCUUUACCCUUGUGUUCAUUGCCUACGACAGAUUCCUGCACAUUGUUCGCGCUUUGGAAUUCAAAAAGAUCGGUUACCGCACUGCUGUGUUUUUGUUAGUCGUCACGUGGUUCGGCUGUACUGCUAUCGCUGUUAUUCCUGCAACUGUCGAUUCCACGUAUUUCUACGAUGAGACCCUAAGACAAGGCUUCUAUGGAACCAACGCCAUCUGUAUGCCGCUUCAGUUACCUGGUGAAAACACCAUCGCUUGGGAAUAUUGUCUCGCUGUGUUUGGUGCGAUGAAUUUCAUUGGUGCAAUGUACCUUAUUGUAGCCUACUGCCAAAUGUUCUACUCCUCUUACACGAGCGCAAAGAAUUCGAAAAACAGCGCUCGCCUUGGAGUUCAUACGACCAUGGCAAAACGAUUUGCUGCUGUUGUCUUCACAGACGUUUGCUGCUGGGUUCCAAUCGCCAUGUUGUUGCUUUUGUCGCUUGUACGAGCUAUCAACGAUUCAGGCAACGAGUUAUACAUGUGGUUCUCGAUUUGUGUCAUACCAAUCAACUCAGCGAUCAAUCCUAUCCUAUACACUCUCAGCACACCGUUGUUCUGGCAAAAGGUGAAGGAAACAAUCAAGAAAUUGCUGUUCUGCAUUUCAAAAGGUUUGUGUUGAUGAAUAUUAUACACUUGCGGUAAUAUCAUCAUAGGGUAGUGCAUGUUAUCAACCAGAUCGGUUCGUCGUUUGAAGCUAAAGUGGUAAUUUUAACAAAGGCAUUUGAGGUUCGCGUUACGGAUAGAUGCACAACUGCAUAACGGUUGGACUAACUGAAAGAACUAAAACAAAGAGUGAGAACAGCGGUCCCUUUGCUUAUCACAAUCAGAAUAUUCAUGUCAGCUACUCCAAUACGGUUCGUUGUUAAAUAAAUCUUCUAUAUCUUCUAUAAAUCUUCUAGUAUAUCUUCAAAUUCCCCCCUUUUCGGCGGACGAAAAACCCACCUUGCCCCUCUCUAGUAGCCCGCUAAUUUCUAACUUUAAUUACAGUAUUUCUCACUCCCAUUGAAUUAGUUAUAUGUAUACUCCAUGUAUCUCUUUAGCUCCAUUAUCUUCAAUAAGUAACCCUCAAUGCUGAUAAUCCCGGGGAGAUUAAUAAAGAUCUUACGGUAGUAUACAGGGUGUAUAAAAAAAACGUAACCUCGUAAUUUCCUAAGAAAUCCACUUUGCAAUUCUUAAGCAUAAAGGAUUUUAGGCCCCUGGGAAUUGAAAUCGAAUUGCUAAUAGAUCAUAUUACUGUUGUUGUACUGUACUUGUAAAAUACAGGGUGUAUAAAAAAACUGAACCCUUUCAAAUUCAAAUUAGCUAUAACGUAUUGUAGUAAUUUGACAGCUCUAAUUGCCUUGAAUUAAUGAUUGGGUAAGAACACAAGGAAUACUGUAUUUCUUUUAAAUUUUCUAAUUUUUAUUUCUUUCAGUUUUGUCCCAUGAGUACAAGACCUAGUGUAGUAUUCAGUUUAUUAAUUUACCAAUCAAAUCACAAUUACACCGAAAUUGCAUCGAUUCCUGGCAUGUGACGUAGCUAAUUAGACUGCAUGGUUAAAACACCAACCGAGGGCUUUUUCGUUUUUUGUUGGUUAAAACACGCGCGCUAAAUUUCUUUGCACAAAUUGUUUUUCUGUGUUUGGAAAUCUCAAAUCUCGCGUCCUGUUGGCUCCAUUUGUAGUCUCCUGAUCGAAGUUGGAUUAAUGUUCGUUUUCAGCAACUAAGGAGAGUUUGGUAAAUAAACCUACCAUUAUUCGGGGCAUUCCUCUUUGAUUAUCAAAAUAACAACGAGCAAGUUGGUCGUGCAGAGUUUGCUUUAUUGGCAAAUCACGUCACAAGGCAAACUUACUAAAUAUAGGUUAAUGUGUCGUUGAGUGGCUGAUUGUGAAUAUUUUACUCCUUAUAUAGCGUUGUUUAAACCUUUUAUUCAAUUUAACGUUUGUUGUAUUUGCAGUUUUAAAUUAAAAAAAACUUAUUGGGUGCGCCUAUAUGUGUACGUACUUUGUUUCCUUCUUUUCAGUUUUCAUCAUGUUUGAGGUGGCCCCUCCUGAUUUUUUGCCGAUCGUAGCUACGUCAUUGUUCCUGGCCUCAAUGGUGUAUUACCUUUCUUUUCUAGAUAAUGUGGCCACUGACAAGCCAGAAUUGAUUGGGAAAAUGAAUCGCGAGAAAAAGACUUAGAUUGAAUCUACUGCUGGGCAUCUUAGAAUAAAACUUUAGCUUAAGUACUUUUUGUAGUAACUUUAAUACAGUACUGUUACAUAGCAAUGAUAUAGUGCUGUACUAUUUAAUCAUUUGCAGUAUUAGCAAUCGCAGUAAGAUAUGACGUUUAUAGAAGUCUUGUAUAACCCUAUAUAUAUACAGGGCCGGUGUAUAAAAAAAGUUAAUCCAACUUUGACAGGCUAUCGUGCGUGAAUUAUUACGGUUAAAGGUCUUCUGUUUUCGUAUUUAUAAAGCCGGAUAAGGUACCUUUGUCGAAUCAUUGCGAAUUUGCGAUUAUUAAAGUGGUCGGUUGAAUUCGCAUUUUUCCACCUUUGGGUUUUAAAUUUCGAGCAUUAAUUGCCCAAAUGUUUGUUGCCUAUUUGGAAAACGUAUGCCAUUGCAUGUGAGUAGUCUGCAAACUUCCCGUGUUGUAAAAUGUCUUAGCCACUAAACUUUUCGAUGUAAAAUUGCGAGUAAAAGUUUAUCAAAACUUGACGCUUGCACAUGCAUUCGAUGCUUGAAUCCAAAAUGUGAAAUGAGAAUAAUUUCAAUACUGAAACAAUAACUUUAUACAUGCAAUUCUCAACGGUGGAAAAUGUGAUUUCGACCGGCAUUUUUAAACCGGAUUGCGUAUUUGACCUUUUUUAUACUGUCACCCUGUAUAAGGAAGCUUUUAGUUACCCAAGUGUAACACUUAUAAUAUAUGCUAGUAUUGUAUAUGCUAUAUGAUUGCACGAUAGCUUAAUUUUAUUCGCUUUGUAUUUAUUUCUGUAUGCAUGUAUGCAUGCAUUGAGGUUGCACUUCUUACGCAUGCAUGUUAAGUUUUACUUAUACACCCAUUUUAGCAUUUAGUUUUAUGAUGUUAUUUAUGCAAAACAUAUUUAUUCUCCUUGUCAUAUAACAAUUAUGACAUAUUUCUUUAAAUGCAUAACGUAGUUGGUUAGUUUGUAUGUUGAUGCCUGGCAAAUUACAGUUAAAAUAUCAGGAUUAAUAAAAACGUCAUUUGCGCAUUUAACUGAAUGUGCGUGGC